UCCAAUCCUUUUAACCUCUGUGCAGCUAUUCAGCUGAACCUGGCCCGAAUCUUAUUCAAGAUAACUAGAUAAGACACAUAUAUAAAUAACGAAAGGUGACGCAUUCAAGAAACGCAUCAUAUUCAAUUCCUCUGUGAUUGUUUGCUUCUUGUUAUUCUGUGUUUGCAGAGUUGAAAGAUGCCGCUGAAGGUGUUGGAGGCCACAGUUUCGAGCUUUGAUGGGGUCUUUGAGAAGUUCCGAUCAGAAACUUCCAACAACAAAGCCAAUCUCAUCCUAUUCUUGGCUGAUAAGGACCCUGCCACCUCUCUCAGCUGGUGCCCUGAUUGUGUGAGAGCUGAGCCUGUGAUCUACAAGAGGCUGGAGGCCUCACCCGACAAUAUUGGGAUUCUGAAAGCUUAUGUUGGGGACAGGCCAACAUGGAGGAACCCACAGCAUCCGUGGAGGGUGGAUUCCAGGUUCAAGCUUACCGGCGUGCCUACGCUGAUCCGUUGGGAGAAUGAUGUGGUGAAAGGUCGCUUGGAGGACCAUGAGGCCCACCUUGAAAACAAGAUUGAAGCUCUUCUUAGUGACAAAUGAUUGCUUUAUUUAGUUGGUAUACCAUAUGAUUUAAUAACACCAUCAAGUUCACUCUUUAUCAACUUGGACUAGUUGCUUUGCUGUUGAACAAAAUAAUAGAUGGUUCUAAUGGUGGAAAUCUUAGUCAAAUUUGAUAAACUCGUAGUGAGUGGUUCUUAUAUAGUGCUUAUGGUUAUGUUGUUGAAUUUGAGCUUCAAUGCUAUGCUAAAUAUUGGCUAAUCA